AUGGAGGUGGCAGCUAGCGUUGCUGGCCUUAUCAGCCUUGCGGACCUGACGUUUCGAGUUGUGUACAAGUAUGUCCGUGGGGUGAAAGAAGCGGAGAAUGACAUCAAGAAUCUAAAGAGGGAGAUUGAGGGACUAUGCAGUGUUCUUCGCACUCUACACGCUCUGACGGACUUCCUUGUCACAGAAGAAGAGAAGGACAAAGCGGCUUUGAGCGUCGGUAUUCUUGAUCAGUGUAAGGAAACCCUUCAAGAAAUUCAUACCAAGGUACAGCGAGCUCUUACCUCAUUUGAACGAAAGAAGUUCCUCAAAACAACGCUUCAAAAACUAAAGUGGCCGUUCAGUAAUAUCGAGACUAAGGAACUUCUGAAUACACUAUCCCGAUAUAAGCUCACUAUUUCCAUGGCAACGUCCGCGGAUUCUCUGUCCAAACUUCACAUUCUCCUCAAUAAGCAAGUUGAGCACAACAUCAAGAUUGAGGAAGCCGUGAAGAAUAUCGAUGACAGCACAAGGCUCAUCGCCAACAUUGAGCUGGACAAGGAGAAACGACGCAUCCUCGAUUCUUUCAUGGGACCGACUUUGAACCCGCGACAUAACCUGGAUCAGAGUAUUGAGUUGCGUCACCCAACAACAGGCACUUGGCUUAUGUCAAGCAUCGAGCUCCAGAGUUGGUUUACUGAACCAGGGUCUCUACUAUGGUUAAAUGGCAUCGCUGGAGGCGGAAAAACCAUAUUGACUGGGCUUGUCAUCCAGAAAGCUAUGUCCAAAAGCUCAGAUGAAGUUGGCGUAGCCUUCUUUUUCUGUGACUACAAGAACAAGGCAACUUUACACCCAACAAAGAUCCUUGGAUCCAUCGCGACACAACUUGCUCUUCAGAAUGAUGCCUCCUUCGAAAUUCUUGAGAAGUACCACGAAGACCUCAACCCACCAGACGCGCUCGCCGCCAUCGCAGGUGUAGAUAGAUUGGCGUCUACAAUUUCAUCUAUGAUCAAGACCUUCCGGCAAGUAUUGAUCGUGGUUGAUGGAAUUGAUGAGUGUGGUGACGAGAUGGGCAGUGUCACAAUGAGUCUCGCUGCGUUCACUACUUUGAAUAUACCUGCAUCAGUUGCACUUUUCAGCCGCCAGGAGCCGGAUAUUGGCGCACGAAUGGGAGACAAUGUGACAGAGAUUUCAAUCGAAGCUCAUACCGAGGAUAUCGAAAUGUAUGUUCGGGCAGAGUUGGAAAAACGCAUCCAAUCUCGACAACUUCGUUUGGGUCACUCCGAAACAAAGGAGAAGAUUGCUGAAGAGCUCAUUGGUAGGGCUCAUGGAAUGUUUCGUUGGGUUGCCUGUCAAUUAGAUUCUCUGUGCGACUUGUUUACUGACCGAGAUCGACUUGACGCACUUAAACAGCUGCCACGAACCUUGCAUGACAGCUACCGAAGACUCUUGGAAAGAGUCAAUACUAAGCCGGCUCGAACACAGAAACGAGUCCAGCUUUGUCUUCAGUUCAUUGCCUUCUUUCCAGCGAAACUUCCCAUUGUGGAGCUCUGCCAGGCUGUUUCAACCCCGGAAGAAAUUGGAGACACCCUCAACAAGAGCAAUACUGUUGUUGAGAAUGACAUUGUUCAUUAUUGCAGCAGUCUUAUACGGAAGUCUGCUGACGGGAACACCUUCGAAUUUGCUCAUUUUUCUGUUCAAGAAUUUCUGGAGUCAGACAUGGCUGGUCUUGAAAAAUAUAGAAUCUCACGACAGGAAAGCUCAUCGCUUCUCGCUCUUCAAUGUCUCAAGUUUGUUCAACUCAGAAACAUCGAUGCACGACCUGACGGGAAUACAUUUAUGGGAAGGCAAGCAGACUUAGUUAAUGAGCUUCCAUUUUACCAGCGCGCCGCUGCUUGCUGGCCAAUGCUUAUGAGAGAAAGUCUCGGGAAGCCCGACAAUCCAGUAUUACACGAAGCCACACAAUCACUAUUCUGCGACUCCUACUCACCCAAGUUCAGGACUUGGGUCUUUUUUUUUGUAUUUUCUUUGUGCACGGCCGUAAGCAAAGAAAAUGCGUACAGUGGAGAUUCAAAAUCUUCUAACAUCGGCCUAGAAAUUGCUACCGACAUUGCCCUGGAUAUGCAGAUUGAACCUCUCCAUUUCGCGUCUGCGUUGGGCAUGCCUGACUUAUGCCUUCGCCUCAUAGAAUAUGGAGCUGAUCCUACAAUGAGCUGCCAGUUGGGCCCUCCCCUUCUUUUAGCAAAGACCUCAUUGCUAAACGCGCUCGGGAUGAAUGCUGAAGCUCUUCCCGUUGACUCAUUAGUCUUUCCACUUCUUUUGCCAACAGCUAAACAGCGAAACUCCACCAUAACAUGUCUUACGAAAGAAGCAAGCUUGUCGGAUAUCUCCAACUAUGCAUCGUUGUUCUCGAACACUGUCAUAGUUUCUUGUCAUCUUCAAGACUUCGGGCCGGUGAUAGAUCUUUUAUCCAGUGGAAUAACUCCCACAACUGCCGAUAUAGAGUUAUUUGGAUCCUACCUCACAAGAUGGUGGUCUUACCGUGACAACCGCUUCAACCAUGGAGGAACUCAUCGAAGGAAGAUUGCCUCGAAUUUCGAGGCAUCCCUUCGUGCCCUUAACAGACACCUUCGAGACACAUCUGCCUUUGAACAAGAUUGGGGGUUUGAGUUUGGGAAAGUUCUCUGGACCAAAGCAGUUGCUAUGGAACUGUCGUUCACCAGAGAUCCUAGCCUUACACAUCAGGAAAUCUCUAUAUCUCUAGAAACGCUGCGUGAAAGAAUUAUGCUAGCCAUUUCCAAUGACUCACCUGAUGCACUUUCAAAUCACCUUCAAGAUAGGCGAGUUUCGGUCUCUGACUCUUGGUCAUGGAAUGACUCGGCAUCCCAACCUCUCUUACACCAUGCCACUAGAUUCAACGCCCUUCAAUGCGUCGAUCUACUAUUGGGAAAGCAUUGCGAUCCAUAUACUGUCGAUUUUGACGGUGUACCUGCCCUCCAUAAAAUCGACAUCACGGGGGAUGGUAGCAUGAUAGACGUAUUCUUGGCGCACCAUGUGUCUUUACUGACUAUUGACACUCUAGACCACUGGAACUUGUGGCAUAUUUGUGCAUACCGGGCCGAUUCUAGCGCAGAGUUCAUGCUCAAGCUUUUUAGUGCAAAGCCUAAAGAAACACAAACAGCAGUUCUGAUGAAGACAGAUGACAGUCUUACACCCUUGUCAUUGUCACUAUCAAAUGAGCCUGACUCUAAAGAUGACUUUGAGAUACUUGAAGACAACGCGCUCUCCUUUAUCAAGCACUGUAAUGAUGUUCCUGGAUUCUGGGAAAAACAUGAUUCUAUAUUACCCGAGGCUUUCGAUUUCGGUUCCGAGAAAAUAAUGCAUCGGCUUUUCAACCUCGGCAUCGAGCCAGAGCCAUUCAUCGCUGGAACUUUCACUCCAUUACACGACCUUCGUGCAAAUGUAUCACCAUCUUGGGUUGAGUUUCUUAUGGCAUCUUUUCCCGGAGCUGUGGACUCUAGAUAUUCCGAUAGACUCCCCAUUGAGGACUAUGCCGAUGCAUGUGUCAAGGAAGGAACCUCGCCCGAUGAGAAGGUGUUUGAGAUGCUGUUCUCAAGUACUAAUCUACAGUCUCGAGACCAAAACGGAUCGACGCCAUGGGAGUAUUCUUGUUCCAUUAUCAACAGAUCACAUGGUUGGUACAGUGAUUCGAAUAUCUCUAUCAACUCCGACUCCGGCAAUGCCAUAGGGGUCGUCUGGAGUAACUACAUCAGCCUGGGGGCUGUGAGAGCAGAUGAGGAAGUGUCAGGGGGUUGUGGAACAGGCAAGCUGUUGUCGGCUCUACUUCAUUGUGUUCAAGCUGGAAGAGACCCCGCCAUAAUCAGCAUACUCAAACCCGACAUACUUGACAAAGCUAUACUCUCGUCUAAGUCUUGGAACCCUUUAUCCGAUGACGUUAUCCGCUUUCUUAUGACAUCAGCCAAACUCCAAAACGCCGAAAUGGUCAACAUUCUUCUUAAACAUGGUGUGGAUGUUCAUCAACGCGUCAAUGGAUUUUCAUCAAUAGAGACGGUCUGUGACGGCCAAUGGCCCACAGAUUUGUGUUCCACGGAGAAAGGCAGAAACAUGAUCAAGUCACUUUUGGAUCAUUCCAACCAUUUUAAGCUGAGAGAUUUCUCAGUUGACAGACGUGGACGUGGGCUAUUGCACAGAAUUGCGUUCUCGGAUAAGGAGCCACACGUCCGUUGGUUGAUAAAAGAGCUUAUGGAUAAAGGAGUUGACAUCAACGGCAUUGACGGUGAAGCUGAGCCCCGAUAUCGUUAUACACCCCUUACCUGGCAUAUCGCCAAUAAUUCAACAUGCUACGCCGGGUACCUGUUGGAACUCGGAGCAGACGUUGAUAUUCGUGAGAAUAAUGACGGCAGUAGACUUGCCCACCAAUUGAACGCAAUAUUAUCGGCAGCAUAUUAUGGCAAUCUGUCCUUUCUUCGGAAACUCUUGGAAUUUUCACAAACUACGGCAACAGAAACUUGUUGGACCACUUUCAUGCCUUUGAAUUUUUCUUGUGGGCGCAAACUUAUUGCUAUUGAAUGCAACAGUUUACAUAUUGCGUGCUACAAAGGAAAUUACGAAAUGGUCAAGUUCUUCGUUGAAGAAAAGCUUCUUGACUACGGUACAACGACGAAGAAUGGCUACACGCCCCUACACCUAGCAGCAGUCGGUGGCCAAUCUCGUAUUAUCAACUACUUAAUAGCCCAAGGACAAGAGGUUGACGUUUUGACCUCAAACAGAGUUACUCCAUUACAUUACGCCGCUGCGAAUGGGCAUUUCGAUGCAACAGAAGCACUAUUAUGUCAACAUGCACAAGGCUCUAUUUCUGCACUAUUCUGGACACCGAGAAUUGCUGCCUCGGAAGCAGGACACCAAAAUAUCGUUGAGCUUCUGGAUAAUAGAAUUAGGACUCAGGAUGAAUCAGAGUCUGAACUCAUCAGGGCUCAUCGACACAAAAAGAAGCUCCUCGGCCAGAUGAAGGAAGCAAUUGUCUCUAACCAUGUCCUGGAAUGCCGCGCACUAGCUUCAAAUGGGUGUCCCAUGAAUGAUCUUAUCUCGCAAUCGAACGAUAUUACGCCUCUACGUCUCGCCUUGACGGUGGGUCAUUGUGAGCUGGUCAGAACACUCCUUGACCUAGGAGCUUCAACUCUGACGCAUUGUGAUCCUGGUGACUGCUAUAUAGAAAGCGUAAUCAAUUAUGCGGCUUUGUACAGCGAACUAGUCGAUAUACUCCCAACCCUGGUAGAUCACUACGUGGAACAAGGUGGAGACUUGGCUGACGGGCCUGACUCGCCAAUAUUCUUCGCUGCAAAAUCAAACGUGGAAGGAAUGAGAAUUCUAUUGAAUCACUUGCGAGAAAAUAACAAGAAAUGGGGAUGUGAUUACGAAAUUGAAAAGGUUCUCGAAAGGCGUCACUCAAUGGGUGUUUUUGAGGAGUCUUACUUUGAUAAAGUUGCAGCUCUCCAUGUUGCUGUUUUUUACGACCAGAUUGAGAUCGCUCAGCUACUACUCGAAAGCGGAGCUGAUGUUAAUUCGACGAGCAUCUACGGUUUUUCUCCAAUUGAUCGCUCCAUGUCGUCAGAGAUGACUUCUUUACUUAUGAGGUUCGGUGCAUCAACAUAUCCACUGCUUACAAUGUCCCUUAUGGAAGCAAUGUGGUACUGGGAAGAUUUUGCACCUGAAAAGGCUGAAGCGUUCAAGAGUAUAAGCAUAACAGAAAAGGGAAUGCAGGCAACACAAGGAAAAGAGCCAUGGCUUGGAUUAGAUAUGUUUCCACAACGAUUUAACCAUGUUGUGCCGGACUGGAGACAACUUUUGGCAAUACGACACCUCCAAGGUCCUUUAAAUGAGUAUCUUCGGUCAGAUUCCAAGCUAGCGAACUACCUUCUCGGCUUUGGCGAAGGUCACUGCUUCUUCUUGAACAGUGAUCACCAACUGCUGAAGUUGGAGCCAUUCCCCUGGUAUCAAAUAAGUCGAUACGUUUUCGACCAAAUGCUUUUCCUACGAAGUAAUUUUCGCCUGUUUCAACGACGAUUCUCUCAGCCAGUCUUCAAACAAUGGCUUAAUUUGGAGCCAGACCGGGGUUGGAGCCCUUUAUGCCGAGCCGCAUCUAUGGAAUACCUCGACGUCAUUGAAAACUGCUUAUCCAUGGGUGCAUACAUCGAUUUUGAAGGAUGUUUUUGGGGCUCAGCAUUGAUCAUUGCCAGCGCUUGUGGAAAACUAGCUUCAGUGAAGCGUUUGGUGCGAGCAGGUGCCAAGAUUGACUACAUCGGGAGCAACGGGCAUACUAGUGCUUUGUCAGUCACCAAGUCCGAAGUUGUUAAGCAAUGGCUGUUAGUCGGGCAAUUCGUUGAACAAAAGAAGAUCGUGGCAGCAACAGAGUCUGAUACAAACUGUUUGCAGCACCAGGCUGGACGGCGGAGUGGUAUUGCGAAGAUCAAGGUCAGGUUGGCUGAAUUGUAUCGCAGACGGUACGAAGAAUCAAGUCUUGACUACUUGAGGAGACUUGAACUGCUAAAGUUGGAGAUGCGAGGGAAGGUUCCUUAUUAUACUGAUGGGGUUAUAUACGAGGAUUAUAAUUAG